UUUCCCUUCAUCAAGUCAAACUCAACAGCCCACCGUUUCCCAAAGUCAUGGAAUCCAUUCCAUCAAACAACUAUACUGUUAUUGCUCCCAUGAAAUAUGCCUUUCCGAUUUCUGAGCAACGCUUGCGCCAUGAAACUACUCUCAAGGACAUGUCCUCGUAUGCAACAUCUCAUUAAAUCCCUCUCAACUACAUUUAUCGUCACCACACCCUACCUCGGAACCUCCCAGACACCUACCCCAUCUACCAAUUUCUCCAUUAAAGCACCUAUUUCCCUCCUGAAUGCAGAUCUCAUCACCACCUAUCCUCCUCUUAAACCCCAAAACAGGAACUCAUUUGAGGCCCAGAUCGAUGAUUCAGGGGAACAGCAAAAACCCAUCAAGGAAACUGCCUGGAAUUCUCUCACUCAAUCCAGGGCCUUUUCUUCUUCAAGCAUAACCCCAUCUAAGGAGCCUUUGGAUUCCAUGGAUUCCAACUCUUCUCCUUCCAACACUAUCCCUGUUGUUUCCACUUUUGCUAACCCUUUUGAGACUUCUGCUUCGAUCGACGCAAGCUGUUCGAUCAGAAAACCCAUUAGUCUGUGGCCUGGGAUGUAUCAUUCUCCUGUAACAAAUGCUCUAUGGGAAGCGAGGUCGACCAUCUUUGAGAGACUGCUUGACCCACCACUCGAUGCCCCUCCACAAAUUGAAUUGCUCACAAAAACACCAUCCCAGAGCCGGACAAGUGUUCUGUACAAUUUCUCCACUGAUUACAUCCUUAGGGAGCAGUACAGAGACCCAUGGAACGAGGUCAGGAUAGGAAAGUUGCUUGAAGACCUCGACGCUCUUGCCGGUACCAUAUCUGUCAAGCAUUGUUCCAGUGAUGAUAACAUGACAAGGCCUGUGUUGUUGGUAACUGCCUCUGUUGACAAGAUGGUUCUGAAGAAGCCUAUUUGCGUUGAUACUGAUUUGAAAAUAGUUGGUGCUGUCAUAUGGGUUGGGAGGUCAUCCAUUGAAAUUCAACUAGAAGUGAUUCAAUUCACUGAAGAGAGCUCUGAUCCUUCAGAUGCAGUAGCUCUUACAGCAAACUUUACAUUCGUUGCUCGUGACUAUAAGACAGGAAAGUCUGCUCCUGUGAAUCGGAUUUCCCCUGAGACUGAUAAAGAAAGGAUGCUUUGGGAAGAAGCAGAUGCAAGAAACAAGCAUCGGAAAAGAAAGAGAGAACAUACAAGAGAGGUUGAGAAUGGUGAUGUUAAUAGGCUAGAAUCAUUGUUGGCUGAAGGACGGGUCUUCUGUGACAUGCCAGCUUUGGCAAACAGAGACAGCAUUCUUUUAAGGGAUACACGCCUUGAGAACUCUUUGAUUUGCCAGCCACAGCAGAGAAAUAUCCAUGGAAGGAUCUUUGGGGGGUUCUUGAUGAACAGAGCAUUUGAAUUAGCCUUCUCAACAGCACAUACCUUUGCUGGUGCAGUGCCCUGUUUUCUUGAAGUUGACCAUGUUGAUUUCUUAAGACCUGUGGAUGUCGGAGACUUCCUCCGUUUCAAAUCAUGUGUUCUUUACACACAACUUGGGAACCCACAGAAACCACUAAUCAACAUAGAAGUUGUUGCUCAUGUAAUGAGGCCAGAGCUACGGUCCAGCGAGGUGUCAAACACUUUCUACUUCACGUUCUCUGUUCGGCCAGAGGCUAUGAAAGAUGGAUUAAAGAUUCGGAAUGUCGUUCCAGCUACAGAAGAGGAGGUGUUGCGGAUAGUUGAACGAAUAGAUGCUGAGAACUUAAACUGAAUGUUGUUCCAGCUGUAUAGAAGAGGAAGCACUGCACAGAUAAUUGAAUGCAUGGAUGGUGAGACCUUAUGCAAGUCAUGACAUAGAGUAGACUACAAUAAAAAGGAAGUGUUUUCAGGGUGGCCCAAAACUCUUCUGUCCACUUACAAUGAUCAUCUUCUUGUAUAUGGUAAUAGCUUUUAUAUAUCUUCCAUGUCAGGAUGCGGAGUAGUGAAGCAUUAUACUUUGCUACUCUUCUUGUAGCUAAUAAUGUAAAUCCACUUAAGGGAGUGUAACUUUAUAUGGUUUUGAACUC